GGAGAGGGUCUGUGAUGGGGACAAUGACUUGCUACUUCUAGCAGUAGUUGGCUGACUUCUGACGUCGUUUUGAAAACAGCAGGAUUUCUUGGAGCGUGACCAGAAGGAGGUGUAGAGAAUAGCAUUGUGUUUAAAAUGGAAGUUGACAUAAAUGGAGAGUCCAGAACUACCAUAUCUACCCUUCCUGUACCUCUUGCAGAGGUGAGUUCUGCAGGCAAAACCGACGCCGAGAAGCCCCGAUGCUCCAGCACCCCGUGCUCACCAAUGCGGCGGACAGUUUCAGGCUAUCAGAUCCUUCAUAUGGAUUCUAACUAUUUGGUUGGCUUCACAACUGGAGAGGAGCUGCUGAAAUUAGCCCAAAAGUGUACAGGAAAUGAAGAGAAUAAAGGGGAAUCCGGGCCUAACUUGCGUUCCAAACAGCUUGAUUCAGGACUUGCACGUUCCUCCCGUUUGUACAAAACUAGAAGUAGGUACUAUCAGCCAUAUGAGAUCCCAGCAGUAAACGGAAGGAGGAGGAGACGGAUGCCCAGCUCAGGGGAUAAAUGCACUAAGGCUUUACCAUAUGAACCUUAUAAGGCACUACAUGGUCCCCUGCCUCUUUGCCUUUUAAAAGGUAAAAGGGCUCACUCUAAAUCCCUGGACUACCUCAAUUUAGACAAAAUGAGCAUCAAGGAACCUGCUGACACAGAAGUGCUACAAUACCAGCUCCAACACCUUACCCUUAGAGGGGACCGUAUGUUUGCAAGAAAUAACACAUGAACUAUUAUCUGGAAUUUAGAAUCAAUUUCUGGUUAUUUCUCUGUUGCUGCAAAAAUCCACUGUUGUACUGUGUACAUGACUGUCCACAUUGUAGGUGGUCGUAUCAGCUAAAUGUUACCAGAAAGUAAUUUAUUUGAAUAGAAUUCUGACAAUGCAAUGUGUUACAAAUACUCGGAGGGAAAUAAAUCUUUCCAGAGCAAGCAGCUUCUAAUUCAAAUUUGACUGCAACUGGUGGAUAUUCCUUUGGACACCUUUUAACAAAGAAAAAGCUUUUGUUUUUUUGAUUUUGGGUUUUGUUUUUUUUUUUUUGUACAGUUAUAUCUAGUAUUUACAGUAAUUUAACACUGAAAAAUGGUGAUGUCUGCUUGGUUGUUGCUAAUUUUGGCUUGAUGUUAGAAACUGCUCUUGGAUAAGUACUCAAGUUAUCUUUUUGUUUCUUCCUGUAUUCUACAGUAAAAUGUAUGUAUGAUUUUUUUACAUAAUGGCAAGGAAUGUGAACUUGGCUAAAUUAGAUCACUUGUUAUUUAAACAAUCCAGUUCAAACAUUUUGUAACUGGGCUUGCACUGGUGAGGGGGAAAUUCACUCAAAAUAUACCUUUGUUCUUUUGAUACUUUAGACCUAUUAAAUUAUUUUUUAGUUUCUGCAUGGAAGUAAUUGCUUUGCCUCCUCUGUUCUAUAAAAAAAUUGUUUGGAAUAAGUAUUUGGGAUAUUUAAAAAAUCUUUGGGGGAGUGAGGUUUUAUUUGUUGUUAAUGUGAUUUUUUUUUUUUUACAUGUAAGCAAGGAUUCACUUCAAAUGCCAGUAAAUACACUAGAAUGUCUGCAUCAGUAUGUGAAUAAUGUUUUUAAUUUUAAUUCAUUAUUUCUAUAACAUAUAUAGUAAUGGAAAGUGUCAAAUAACUUUAGCGUUGCUUUGGAAAUUUAGUUUAUUUGAAGCACUGCACACUUUUAUUGAGAUCCAGAAGGUAGACGUUUAGAUGGAGUGCAAGUAAAGUGUUUCUAUAUCAUCCUCGAAGAGCUGAUCCUGGUUUUUUUCGGCAGAGUAGAUUGAAUACACUGGCUUAAUUUGUUGCUUAAGAAAUUUUCAUCCAAACAUGACAUUAAAUGCAAUUUUGACAGCUGUAUUCUUAGGUAUAUUUAAAACAUGUUAAUAACUUAUGUUAAAAAAAUGAAAAAUAGUUUUUAGACUUUUUUAGGUGCAAUUUAUUACUGAAGCAGUGUGCAGCUUAGUCUUGGUUGAUGACCUCUCUAGAAGUUAAGAAUAAUUAAGAUCACAUUGUUUUGAAACAUAACAUAUUUGAUCAGUUGUUCCUGGUACAAUUCAGGUAUUUGUUGUUUCUCCUUCGGAAUGAAUAGAAAGCACUAGUCAGUGCAUGUGUUGUGGAAAAUGAAGAGUUCUUUUCAUUCUAUCACUUACUCCGCAGUUGUAACUGAAGGCAGUAAAUAAAAGCCCGGUAGUCUGAAUUUACUGGUUUGGUUAAUGUUUUAGAUUUAUUAGAAUCUUUACAACAAGUGAUGUGUAUUUUAAGAAGUUAACUGCACCUCUGUAAAUUUAAUGUAUUCAGCAAUGAUCUCUAAAGUAAACUUUUCCUAUAUAGGCUUUAAUUUGAAAAACAGAAUAUGGUCAAAUGCCAAAGAGAACGGGGCUUUGUUUAAAGAAUAAACACCACUAUUUAUUGAAAUACCUAUGAAAUUGUAUUUCUGGCUGAAAAAUAAAAAGGGUGAUAUAAAUACA